AUGAAGAUUCAUCACCGACCGGAAGCUUCCAUUUUUGAAAGGUACAUCACAAAAGAAGUUGUUGAAUUUUAUACAAACUAUUUGUCAGACGCAAAUUCUAUAGGAAUUCCAAAGUCUCGUCAUACUGACAUAGACGAAAGAGGUAUUCAAGGUAUAAAUGUUAAGUCAAUGGCUCAGGAUGUAGUUAUUCAAGCAUAUUUCUAUAUAAUGAAUAAUAUAGAUGAAGUUCAACCUUUCAUAGAUACUCACAAAAUAUUUUUGAGGGAAAAAUAUCCCCGAAUGAGUGACAAGUUGUUGUUGAUAGAACAUAACAAGAGAUUCAUAGAUUGGUUUAAUAAAAGUGUAUCUAAUGAUCGUAGUGCAUCCGAGAUACUAAAAUGGUUGUUGUACGAGCCAAAAUUUUGUGUCAUUACUUGGACUGCAUACGACAUUGGUCAUUAUACCUUUUAUAUAAAAUCAAAAGAUGAUCGUAGUACAAUGCAAAAUAGUGGGGUUAUGGUUGAAGACGAAUCAAUGUAUUUCUCUAGUUCGAAAGAUAAGAAUAUUGUAUUGGCAACUACCACGUUUUAUGGUGUCAUUGAUGAGAUUUGGGAAAUUAAUCAUGUUAUUUUCAAAGUGGCUUUAUUUAAAUGCAAGUGGAUUCCCAAUAAUCGUAAUGGUGUACACAUUGAUGACUUAGGAUUCACCCAGGUCGACCUUGGAAAGACAUCUUUAAUGACUGAACCAUUCAUUGUGGCUUCUCAAGCAAACCAAGUUUUCUAUGCUACCGACCCAUCAGACAUAUCGGAGAAAUGGUCAAUCAUUCUCCAAAGAAAACACAUUCCUCUUAGUGAUGAAAGUCUUGAUAUUCCGUCCACACCUUCUUACACAACACAAGUUACUACCUCAUAUGGUGAAGUUGAUGGAGAUGUUGUACAUGCUAUUCGAAUCGAUCAUGAAGAAGGCAUAUGA